AUGAGACGCACUGCACCUUCUCCGAAACGUCGGGGAGUCGUCGAACAUGAGCACGAACUCAAUCCUAAUAUCUCUAUACUGUGUCCAAAUUCCAUCAAUGUCAGCUCUGCCACGGCCCGCUUGAUGAUUGCAAAGAUCAAUUCCGAGCACGAGGAUAGACAUUUGGAGUUCCAAAGUGCUGGUGACCAACUCGACCUUCUGAGGCUUGAAGCCUUGCGUCUCAAGAUAAUGGGGUCCCUGGAUUCCAAGUCUCAUCCAACUGAUGAGGUGCCUCCUCAACGCGCAACUCCUUUCUCAGCUGAAAGUUUAGGAGAACCUGGCCCCACCGUCCCAAACUCGAUCCGAACCUCCAUGCGACCCCGUGCUGCAGUCCUGAGCGAAAGUGAGAUCAGUGUUCUUGAUCUCGGUCCCAGCCUGCAUUCCCCCGAUUCGCCCCACGUCUCUCUUCGCAACUCAAUUUCUGCAAAUGCUCAUCGUGGACUCGGCAUCACCCGCACCACUGUUCCCAGCUUUAUGCCAGGACCUGGCAGCGACACUUCGGAUAAACCAGUUGACCCCCACCUCCAUACAGGCGACCUUGAAUCUGUCGCUCUCACUUCCGCCAGUGGCUCCGUCAACAAUGAAUUUCCUCUCAAUUUACGUCAACGCCGCCAGAACCGAGCUAACGUCACUCUUCCCGGCCAUCAUGAGCUGCGAACUCAGCGCGUGAACCGUUCAUCCACCAUCAGCGAGGCUACUCAUGGCUUGAACCGCUUUGGCUUUGACAACAGCCCUACCUUCUUCGCCGAUGAGUCCAGUCGCCGGAUUCACUCGCUCUCUGUUCCGCAAUCUCCCCAGUCUCCGGCCCUGCCGCCCAAGCCAACUCUACGACGUGCUCAGAGCUCAUUCAAUGGAAUGGAGCCGGCCUUUGCAGCUAUGCGUGUUGCAGAGCGGGUGCGACGAAACCCACGCGAUGCUGCUGGCUCUCCGGGUGCCGAUGGAAACUGA